UAAAUACAUAGUGGUUACACAUUAAUCUCAUAAUUAUUUCAUUAAAAUAUUUAAAAAUACUACAACUAGAUAAAAUCUUGUUAAAAAAUGUUAAAAAGUGUUCUGAAAGCACGAGCAAAGAGUUUUUUGUCAAUUUCUCUAAAAAAAAGAACAUUUCUUAGUAAUGAUUAUAAAUGUAACGAAAAUUGGAAUUCAGCAAUAUCAAGUCCCCUUCUAAACAAAAUAAAUCUUAAUGAUUUUUAUAACAAAUUGGAUCAAACUCAUAGCUCGAAAGGCAUCAUCAGUGCAAUAGACGUAGACAUAUUCGCUAACGCUGUUACAGAACCAGUCCAUUUGGAAGAACUUAAAGACCUAUUACACAAAUUAAGGCUUUCAGCAGAAACGGGCAGCAUGCUGGAGUCAACGUCACAUGCAACUGUUAGACAUAGUAUCAAAUUUGAUUAUGUUGAUGAAUUAAUACAGAUGUUAAAAGAUCCUUUAAAUUAUGGACUGUUCUUGGAUGAUUAUAGUGCAAACAUAUUACUGAAUGAAUUACUUGUUAAAAAGAAUUACACACAAGCUGCUGAUGUAGCAGCACUGAUAAUGUUACAAGAAGAAUAUAAUAAUGAUAUAUUAUGUAGCUUAUGUCAGUAUUCUUCUUACAUGUUCAUAAAAAACUAUGUUGAACCGGAGCCAGCUGUCAUGGAAGAAAACAACAAAAAAGUGGAAGAAAUCAAAAUAAGAGUAAAGUUUUUACGGAAUCCUUAUUUUGAUGAUCAUUUUGACAUAAAAGAUAGGUUAAAAUUGGCUGGGAAAACAUUAGCAUGGAUAUCUGAAAAAACAUCGAAUACUUUAAACAAUAACUUACAAUUAAUUGGUUGGUUGAUAUAUAAGAAAUAUGAUCAGUUAUUGGCAACAAGUGAAGAAUUAUGUACUAAUACUAAAUUUAGAAUUUACAAUGAAGUGAUUGAUCUUCUAAAUAAAGAGCUGCAUAAGGUAGAACCAGAGAAAAAAGAAGUAUUAGAGAAAUGUAUAUCCUUACUGGCAAAAAUAGAAAUUAUUCCUACAAAGCCUUCUUUACAAGCAUCUUUAACUGACAAUAUUGAAAAUGCUAUUAACAAAACCCAGGAAAAGGAUGUAGCAGCACAAAAAGAGUUAUUUAUUCUUUGGGAAAAAACAAGGCAGUUGAAACUUGAAGAGCAAUCACAUCGUCUUGACAGAGUAAAACGUGUACAGAUUAUUGAAGAGAAACAGAGACAACUACAAGAAGAAGAGCAAAAGCUGUGGUUCUUUGAGAAUGAGGAAAAAAUUGACCUUCAAAUUGAAGAUAAAGAAAAACUUGUAGAUAAAACGCAAACAAAGAAAAAGGUUUUAACAGCAAUAGAUGAAAACUAUAUACCACCAGAAAUCUUACCCAAACGACGAUAAUACAUUAUUAAUACAUUACAAUUCAAUAAAACUAAUAUAGAAACCUAUUUCUCUUUAUUUUGAGUCAUAACCAAAUAAUAAUAAAUAAUUGAAAAAUUU